AUGAAAUACUCCGUUCUUGCUGGCCUGUCCCUUCUGGGAUCGGCUAUGGCUACUGUGCCCGCCAUCGAAAUCAAGGGCAAGAAGUUCUUCUAUUCCAACAAUGGCACUGAAUUCUACAUCCGCGGUGUCGCCUACCAGGCCGACUACUCGGGCCGUAACGGUGGCUCCAGCACCCAAGACUACGUCGACCCUCUGGCUGAUGUGGAGAGCUGCAAGCGCGACAUCCCCUACCUGGUUGGUCUCCGAACCAAUGUCGUCCGCACUUACGCCGUGAACCCCAACUCCAGCCACGACGAGUGCAUGAACGCACUCGCCGACGCCGGUAUCUACGUUAUCACUGAUCUGUCUUCGCCCUCCGAGUCCAUUGUCCAGACCGACCCCUCGUGGAACGCCGACCUGUUCACUCGCUACUCUCAGGUCGUCGAUGCCUUCGCCAAGUACCCCAAUGUCAUCGGUUUCUUCGCCGGUAACGAGGUCGCCAACAUGGUCAACAACACCAACUCCAUGGCCUACGUCAAGGCCGCCGUCCGUGACAUGAAGGCCUACAUCAAGCAGAAGAACUACCGUUCUUCCCUCGCAAUCGGUUACGCUACCGAUGAUGAUGCCACUGUCCGUGCCAACAUCGCUGACUACCUCGUCUGCGACGACGCCAGUGACUCCAUCGACAUGUUCGGCUACAACAUCUACGAGUGGUGCGGUGACUCGUCCUUCAAGACCUCUGGCUACGAAGCGCGCACCGAUGAGUUCAGGAACUACCCCGUCCCGGCCUUCUUCUCUGAAUACGGCUGCAACCAGCCCAGCCCGCGUAAAUUCACCGACGUCCCCGUCCUUUUCGGUCCCCAAAUGGACGACGUCUGGUCCGGUGGUAUCGUCUACAUGUACUUCGACACCUCCAACAACUUCGGCCUUGUCUCCACCUCUGGAAACUCUGUCUCCACCCUCGAGGACUAUUCCUACCUCUCCAAGCAGAUGGCCUCCGUCAGCCCCUCCGGAGUCAACUCCGCCAGCUACUCCGUCAGCACCACAGUCGGUCAGGCCUGCCCCACUGUCGGUUCCGACUGGCUCGCCGCUAGCAAGCUCCCCCCUGCGCCUAACGCUGACCUUUGCGAGUGCAUGUACAACACCCUUGACUGUGUUCCCGUCGACGACAUCACCGACAAGCAGUACACCAACACCUUCUCCUACCUCGGAGGCAAGGAGGGUGUCCUUGAUGGCAUUACUGGAAACGCUACCGAGGGUGUCUACGGCGCUUACUCCAUGUGUAACAAGAACCAGCGUCUGGCCUGGGCCAUGAACCGCUACUACCAGCUCCAGGGCUCGUCUGACGAUGCAUGUGGCUUCUCUGGUGCCGGACAGAAGGUCUCUGGUAAGUCCGCUUCUGGCUCUUGCUCUUCCCUGAUGAAGGCGGCUGGUACCGCGGGAACUGGUUCCGUUUCUGGUAGCCUUGCGGCUUCCACCGGUGGCUCUUCCGCUGCUACCUCUACUUCCAAGGGAGCUGCUGCGGGUCUUACUGGACCUAAGGCUGUCUUCGUUGGUGGAUGGCAUGCUGGUGCGUACCUGGUUGCCGCUGUGGCCUCCGGUGCGUUUAUGAUUAUGCUGUAA